UUAGUCUUUAAAUUGUCCACGUGUUAUUAAAUUUGAGUGAUUCUACUUAACUUGCUGGAAGAUUUGUAUUCAAACGACAGUUGUGUGUACCGUUUGAUUUGAAAUGAAUGCCUUGACAUACACCGGACGUAGAUGUGUAGGUCAAGCCGUUACUCUGGGAUAAAAAUAACUUUUAAUGUGACUAAUUGCCAGGGAUCCCAAGACCCUAGCUGGAUCCCGACAGAGCCAGAAAAUGUAUUGCUCAAACAGACAGGCUGCUGCCGGAGUGAAGGCGAGCUUUAUUUGGGAAGCAAUUUAGUUAAUUUCUAUGUAAAGUUGGGAAUUGACUGCACGCUCCAAUAUAUUCAGUCCGCUUUCUAUCACGACCAGAAAAACGGUCGCGAGGACCUUGCCUCCAAAGCCCCGGACCAAAUACAGUCUUUUGCAAAGGGAGAGAAUAUUGACGCAGCAAGUCUGUUGCUUGCCCCAACAGCUUAUGUCCCGAGUCCCACGUCUAAACGCCCCUAUAGAUUGCUAUCGAUUGCGGGAGUGAACUCUUCUUGCUUUUUUGGAGAGGGGAGAUAACCAUCAAAGGAGAAAUCGUUUCAUCAUUCUGGUAAAAUCAACCACUUGUCAGUUGCUCGUCAUUAGCCGUCAUGCAAGAGGACAUAAGAGAGCAGGUACUCAUGGUGCCGUGGGCAGAUCCUAACACAGCCCCCUAUGUUGACAUCCCACUGGACGAAUCUGCUCCAGACCUCUUGGAAUCUGAUUCUCCAUCCUCGUCACCGGCUCGCGCCCACCACCACCACCAACAGCACCAACAGCAACAACAACACCAACAGCAGCAGCAGCAUCUGACCAACCUCCACCGACACCACCUCCAACAGCAGCAUCAGAACCGCCAGAACCUCGAGCCGUACGGCCAACAGCCGACAGCCUACAGCGGCCUACAGAGUUCAGAGAUCGCCGGACACUAUGAGUACCCCAGUGAAGGCUCCCAGCUGCUGAUCCAGCCUCACUCCGACAUGAGGACAGGUCCGGGGGUGAGGGGGGUGGGGCGGCUGAUGGAGAGUGCCUCAGGGAAGAGAGGAUGCAAGAGGAAGAGGGACGACAAGACCGAUGACGCGGCGUCACGUCAACAGAGUAAGCUUGACGUCAGCCAGCGUUGUGACGUCUGCGGGGAACAAGCCAGUGGACACUACUUUGGCGCGCUGGUGUGUUUGCCCUGCAAGAGUUUUUUCAUCCGGUGCACCAAAGAUGGCCGACCCAGCUUCAGCAACCAGUGCGGCGGCAAGUGUGACGUCCUGAAAGGGGGGCGGGUGCGGUGCCAGCAUUGCCGGUUCCAGAAGUGUGUCAGUGCCGGCAUGUACAGAAAAGAAAAACCUGAAGCUGUUGAGCCGGCUGAAGGGCAGCUGCUAUGUAAGGUGUGUGGUGACAUCGCUAAUGGUGUUCAUUUUGGUGUCACCACAUGCGAAGGUUGUAAGAAAUUUUUCCGUCGCGGUCUGAAGGAAAACAAGACAUACACAUGCAAGGCUAGCAAUCACUGCUCUAUCAACCCGCGCAUGCGCAACAACUGUCGCUACUGUCGGUACCAGAAGUGUCUGCACGAAGGCAUGUCUAGAGAAGCCAUCAAGAUGGGCCGACCCAAGAAAGGAGAACUCCUGUACAGGAAGCCCGCCAAGAAGAACGGCAUGAAGCAGCAGAUGAAGCCGUACGACAAGCCCAUGCUGGACUCCAACAGAUCCUCCAUGUCCAGCGAGUACGACCAGGACGACGUCUCCUCCUCUGGAGAAGUGUUUGAUGUUGUGGCCUCCCAGCACAUACACCAACAGCAGCAUCAGAUGCACCAACAGCAACAGCAGCAGCCUGUACUGACGCAGCAACAGCAGGGCAGUUUCAGCCUGGGUAGCAUCCUGCACGACUGUAUGACAGUCCAGGACUGGGACCAGAAGGUGCACAUCUCAGAGCUGGAGCAGGACGCCCUCAGGGAGCCGGCACACACCAUGGUGUCUGAGGGAGCCGGCGUGUCUGAGGAGAGCCAGCAGGUGAGCCCACACAUCCGGCACGCCAGCCCAACCAUGCACCACGAAAUGGUCGCCCAUCUACAGCGCCACCCUAAACCACUGCGGAUGGUGGUGACUCAGCAGCAGUUGGAGCAGCUGCACAGAGACAUGCACCAAGGGCACCACCAACUGGCUCCAUACCACGAUCACAACCAAAACCAUGAAAACCUCCAGGUCUUGAGAAACAUUGAAUAUUCCAGCGACCACAACGUGACAGACAGCCGCAUCAUUAAGGUUGAGAACAUGUCGCUCCAGGAACCACCGGGGGCGUCUUAUCCUGAAGGUGUUGUGAUAGAAGACAUGCAGAACCUUCAAGCUAUAAACAAAGUGGAGUAUCACUCCUACCAACUGCAGGGGGCAGACGGUGGCUCGGGGUACACCCUGGAGGAUCAGAGAACAGCAUCCAUUCCAUCAGGUCCCAGCAGCCAAAUGGACCCUCUUGUGGCCAUCAACAUGAGCUCACAGAAUGCCAUCUACACUCCUCAAGGCCAGGAACUGAUUAUCAUUCACAACCUGAACCAGCAGUCUGAGUUGCCUGGCAACCAGCCAGGUAACCAGGUACAUGGCAGGAUGGUGCAGGAGAUGGAGCAUCUGCCACCCAGCCAUGACGCCGGACAGAGCCAGCACAUCAUGGACCUGGAUGAAAGCCACCAGGUGAUAGGCAGCCAGGAGCUGAUCAGAAACAACCAUCAUGGCGCCCCUCAUAGCUACCACAACCUUAUGACCUCACGUACCACAACAUACACGGACAUCAACACUGGGAUACAGUCCCACCAUUACUUGAUUGACAACAACGUUGAGUCGCCCGGCAACAUCUCCACACACAUCAACGACGGCUCACCUAGAGUUAGUGAUUCAAACUUUUCCAUGAUACCCAAAGGCCAGCCCUCCGACCCUACAUCUCCCUCUUUGUCUGUCUCCUCCCAGCAAAACCUCAACCCCCACCACAAAUUUCAGCGGGUACGAAGCCCCAUCGCCGCCAUCUUGCAGCAGCACAGAGAAGACAUCCAGGCUGGCAGACCGGUGCACCUGUCCUCUGAGGAGAUCGAGGAGCUUCUCAACACGGUCAACUCAGACCAGGCCAGAGCACAAAGGUUCAACAGCGAGCAGGCGGCUGCACGAGCUAUGGACCAAGAUGUUGUUGAUCUCAGGAGACAGCCUAUGAAUAACUUUAUCUUAAAUGAUGACCAGCAGCUUGACGAGCCUGUCCACUAUAAUAGACAGUCUUCUCCUGGAGCUGUCCACUAUAACAGACAGUCAUCUCCUGGUGCUGUCCACUACAACAGACAGCCAUCCCCCAGCGCUGUCAGACAUUUCCUCAACAAAAGCCCUUACCAGAACCAAUACAUCCCCGGCAGCCCCAUCAACCAGAACAUCAUCCGGGCACCAAGCAGACAGUACCAGAGCCAGACUUCUCCUGGGUCUGACUCCAGCACUGACAGACAGGACGUUCACAGGGGAUUUAACAACAACAACAACACUCAGGUCUGCCACUACAUCUCAGUACCCCAGGACCCCCAGGACUGCCAGGUGGCGCCAGACGCUGACACCUAUGACGACAGCUUCAACAGCAGCCUGAUCAGAGACUGCACACUCCUGCACGAGAUCAACAGAAUUUUUCUGGGCAUUGACAACUCGUGUGAGACGUAUGGCUGUAACUGUGCCAGGGACGGGCAGGACACUAGAGAUGAUGGCGCCAUCGUCUCAUCAAUCUCCCCCGAUGAAUUUUCUCCAGAAAUUUCCCACAAAUACUGGCACAGUUUCCAGCCCAAUACCUAUGUGCCUAUGACAGCUGAGCGCUCAAAGAUCAUUGAGGAUGUGCUGGAUGCUUUUGAUAACUUGCAGAAAACUUACGUCACUAACGAACCAGAAUAUGUCAAUAAAAAGAUGCCCCAUGACCAGCUGGAACACUGGCACCACAUACAGAGAAGAAUUGCCAGACAUGUGGUUGCAGGGCAGAGAUUCUGCAGGAAUAUUCCAGGCUACUUUAAACUGGAUAUCCAAGAUCGUAUUUCACUGGGCAAGCAUGUAGGCUUUGGCCUGAUGGUCCUCAUAGCAUGUACAGAGUUCUACGAUCCUGAGUUUAAACGCUUCAAGUAUAUCUGGAACUGGACUAUGCCGAUGCAGAAUCCGCUGUUUUCCUACAAGGUGCAUCUACUGUCUCUAGGCAACAGGAUCCAUGAGAUUCAAGUGGAUAAGACUGAAGCAUCCAUGAUGUGUGCCAUAAGCAUGACAAGCAUUGAUUGUCCUGGCCUAAUCAAACCUGGCAUAGUUUGUCUUGUCAGAAAUGUCUUGAUUGAUGCAUUGGAGGCUCACAUAGCAGCCAAACCUGACUCUUCAGACCGUCUGCAAAAGCUCCUGAGUCUGAUGCCCCAAGUUCGGCUGAUGACAGUUUGGUACAACAACCUCAUGAAGAAAAUGUCAUUGCCAUCAGAGUUUAUCAAGAGCAAUAAAACAAGUGAAGGAACAGAGAACAGUGCAAACUUCAGCUGAUAAAAAACUUGAACUGAAUGAUAACAUUUAUUGAAACAAAAUAUUUUUAGUGUGAGCAAUGUCUUGAUCAAUAUACAAAUCACACUGUUUAAGAAAUCACACAAUUUAAGAAAUCACACAAUUUAAGAAAUCACACAAUUUAAGAAAUCACACAAUUUAAGAAUCCCACAUAUAGUGUGAAUUUUAAAAACAUGUAUGUUUUCUUAUCAUCAUAACGGAUAAGCUUCUUGUUGUAGCUGGAAUAAUGAAUGUCAACUGAGUCUGACCAAUUUAUGCAACCAUUUUUAUAGAUCACAGAAAGAAGCAGCUGCAUUAUUUAUCACCACCAACACUGUGUGGCACUGGGUAAUGUUUCAAACUUGAAAGAAUAUAUUCAAUUCUUGAUGGAAAAGACAGUUUAAAGAGAUGAAUGUUGAAUAUAAUUUCUAAACCGUGUGCCAUAAUGCUUACAUCUAAGCUACUGUAGCUUGAUACAACUUCUAUGAAACAAUACAAAGUUAUUUUUAAUUUAGUAUUGUUUAUAUUUAAACCUUUAUACUUGUUAGAAUGACUGGUCACACAAUUGGAGUUACACUUGAGAGAAAUACAUUUGGUAGUUCUAUGUUGUGUUACAUGUUCCAUGUACAUGUUUGUUAUAGCAAUAAAUUCUUUUGUCCAGCAGAUCUCAAGGUUAACCAGCAAUAAUAUUUUACCACUUAUUAUAAAAAGUAUCAUUGAUUAAUGAGCUCCAGACCUAUAAUCUUGUGGUUAAAAUUGAUCUUAAAUUUGAUUUUUAUAUCUUCUAUUAUAACUUUAAAGCACCAAACUUCUGUGUUAACUCUUUGGCCAUUUUCUUAACAUCUUUUGUUUCAUUAACAAACAUAAAGAUGUAAGAGUUCAUAAUCUUUUUAGUACAGUAAAAAAAGAUAAACUGUUGUUUACAAAUGCUUAUGAUCUAUUUGAUUUACUCCUUAAAACAAUUAACCAGAAUAAAGUCAAGUCCAUACCCUGCAACCAAUCUAACUCACUCAUGAUACCAAAGAUCGAAAUAUUGGAUUGAUUUUGUUUGCAAAGUACGCAGCUUGUUUUAGGUUAGUCUGUAAUCAGUCUUAAUAGAAUUACUCUAUUGUUUUGAGCCCUUGAUUAAUUCAAAAGAAAUAAAAAAUAUUUUAAACAUAAGCGGCAGUCUAAUUAUCCAGUUAAAUAUAAAUUUUUCUCUUUACAAUUUGUAUUAAUUCCAUGUUAAAACAAUGACUGUAAACCUACAUGGCAUGGUGAUCAGACUGAAUAAACUUGUCAAAGGUGAUAAAUGCUAUGUGAUAAGAACCAACAUAACAGAAGCAAUUCUAUCUGUUCAUCUAAUGUUUUACAGAUUGUGUAUUUCUGAUUAUUGUGAAUGUACUAGAUGAUUCUAUUUCAAGCUUCUACAGUAGAUAUGCAAAUCAAUGGAUGUUUUUUGGCUAGCCAUAUUUUCUUUAGACAAUAACAGUUUCUAUUUAUACAUUAAGGCAAAUAUAUUUCAAGCAAUAUUUUAAAAUUAAUUUUUUUUUUAAACUUUUGUUUUUUUUACUGAUUUCAACUUGCUAUACCAGUGCCAUUGAUUUGACUUAUUUUAUAUCUUGCAAACAUUGUGCCAUAGUUCUCCCAGUUCAACUCUGGAUGACUUUAAUUUUUAAAUUGUUUUUAUUUUAAUGACUGUAUAUAAUUUAUGUGGCCUUAAAAUGUAAAUGUAUUAUUUAAAACUAUUUAACCAGUUUCAUAUAGCCUACAAUUUAAAAGCUUUUUGUUUCAUUUUUAAAAUGAGAAAUGUUCCAUCUAAACCAUGCUUAUUCUUCAAACCAUCCAACUCUAUUUACAGUAAAUGAUUGCCAUUGUGUGGAGUUAGAGAGAGCUGGUUGUGUUAUGAUUUGCUUGCUUGUUGACAUUAUUACACUGUAGUGGGCAGCAAACCUUAUUUGUCAAUUCAGGAAAUAUUGUACAUACCUACAAUGGAAACUUUGAUUUAAAUGCGAACAUGAACACUAAUACAAAAAACUUUAUCAAUUAUUAAUUACUUAGAACUUUUGUAUAGAUCUACUUGUUAUAUAAUUCUUUUUUUUGAAAACUUGAGAAAUUUUAUUAUGAAAAUGUGUUUAUAUAAGGGUAAAUUAUGAGAAUUAUAAUUAUAAGAGUUUUUAUUUUUUUUUAAAUAAAGAGAAGUAAAUAUAAAAAAAUCUUUAUCCGUAGCCUAUUCAUGCAAAACUCAAAUACCAUGUUAGUUCAUAAGAACAGUUUUAAGAGUACUUAAAUAGCUUGCUAAAAAUAAUCUAAAACACUUUUACAACAUUUUAAAAUAUUUAGUGUAAGACUAUUCUACAUCAGUAAUUGGUAUUUUUAAAAGACAAAAAUGUGAAAGAUUGAUUUUACUUGUAAACUUUUUAACAUGCAGGCCUAUUCGGAUAAUAAAAGUGCUGACGUUUUUUGUCUUUUCACUGUAGUAGAGUUUUUUAAUAAACUGAAGCCAUUUUUGUUUUUAUUGAAAUGUUUCCAUUUUUUAAACUGUGUGCCAUAAAAUUUGCUUGUUAACUUCCUUAUUUUGUAAGAUUUUGUCAUUUGUGGAGACAGCGAAUACUGGUGAUGUUUUCUGUUGUCUUGAGAUAGUGAUUCUUUUAUUGAUCUUUUUUUUUUAAAUAUUUUAUGUUUAUUACAGUGAUCUUUGUAUCCUGUGUCAAGAAUUUUUUAUUUAUUUUUGGCAGUAAAUGACCUUGCACAUUUCUUAACAUUCUUCUAACAAAUUUGUAAAGCUACAAGUAUAUCUGAAAUACUUGUACUUAACAAUUAUAUAAAGCUCCAAGUAUAUCUUAUUUGCCUGUAGUUCACAAUUGUAUAAAGCUCCAAGUAUAUCUGAUAUGCCUGUACUUAACAAUUGUAUAAAGCUGCAAGUAUAUAUGAUAUGCCUGUACUUAACAAUUGUAUAAAGCUCCAAGUAUAUCUGAUAUGCCUGUACUUAACAAUUGUAUAAAGCUGCAAGUAUAUCUGAUAUGCCUGUACUUAACAAUUGUAUAAAGCUCCAAGUAUAUCUGAUAUGCCUGUACUUAACAAUUGUAUAAAGCUGCAAGUAUAUCUGAUAUGCCUGUACUUCACAAUUGUAUAAAGCUCCAAGUAUAUCUUAUUUGCCUGUAGUUCACAAUUGUAUAAAGCUCCAAGUAUAUCUGAUAUGCCUGUACUUAACAAUUGUAUAAAGCUGCAAGUAUAUCUGAUAUGCCUCUACUUAACAAUUGUAUAAAGCUCCAAGUAUAUCUGAUAUGCCUGUACUUAACAAUUGUAUAAAGCUCCA